ACGAACCCAGCUCCCAUCCAGUGGGGAGGUAAAGCGCUCCUAUACGGAAUCUUUUUGUCGCAAUUUGGGUGAAUAUUCAUCUUCAUGAAAUAGAGCAUUAAGAACGACGUAAAAGAUUUUUGAAAUAAAUAUGUGAAAAUGUGUAAUGCGCUAGAAGAUUGUUAACCACGUUAGUGGACCUGUACAGGACGUCUCAUCGAAAUGGCAUGAAUGUCAACGGGUCAAGGUCCACUCUUUUGAUGCCAGUGUCAAGAUUUACCAACGUGCGUUUACGAGAAUAAAAACCUGCCUUACUUACCUAGGCAACGCGACUGGGGUGAAGACAGAUAUCCUGGAAAUGCCAGAAUGUGAGAUUUAUGACCACCGCUUGAUUUUGCGCAUUGAGAAGAACUUUGAGAAGAAAAUAUGGAUUUCUUUUAUCAUCCAGGACCAGACAUGCUAUAUGAUGUGACUUUAAAGUACUGUACAGACAAUUCCACAUUUUCUGAACGAAGAAAUACAUUUGCUGUUUAAAAGCUACUGAAUUGGAUACCUUCUCGGUAUUAUAGCCUAUGCUAUCUAAGGCUAGCGUCGGAUGGUGAAGACAAGAAGCGAUAUUCUACAAGAGCAUAUGAUUCGUAGGGCUGCUUGCACGCUGACAUUUCCAUGAAUUUGCGAUAUAUCUGGAAAAUUUCGAUUGGCAAUGACUGUGACAAAUUCACUCCUGACAGUUUACUCAAACAGUUAGCCCAGCAAUAUUAAACGAUUUGAUUUUUAUAUUUUCUAUUUCAUCAUUAUUGACUAUUUGUAAUCACUGUUCAUCAUGUCGGCUGUAAUGAUAGCCAGAAAGGGUACCCGAAAAUGGGAGAAGCUCCCGGGAAAGAACACUUUUUGCUGUGACGGCCGCGUUAUGAUGGCCCGUCAGAAAGGCGUGUUUUACCUAACUCUGUUCCUCAUCAUCGGGACCUGCUCCUUGUUCUUCGGUUUUGAGUGUCCUUACCUGGCGGUCCACCUCUCCCCCGCCAUCCCCGUCUUCGCCAUCGUCCUCUUCCUCUUCGUCAUGGCCAUGCUGCUGAGGACCAGCUUCAGUGACCCGGGGGUCUUACCGCGAGCCCUUCCAGAGGAGGCGGCCUUCAUCGAGAUGGAGAUCGAGGCGGCCAAUGGGAACGUGCCUGCGGGACAGCGGCCCCCACCGCGCAUCAGAAACGUCCAGAUCAACAACCAGAUUGUGAAGCUGAAGUACUGCUACACCUGCAAGAUCUUUCGCCCACCCAGAGCCUCCCACUGCAGCAUCUGUGACAACUGCGUGGACCGUUUUGACCACCACUGCCCCUGGGUGGGGAACUGCGUGGGGAAGAGGAACUACCGCUACUUCUACCUGUUUACGCUCUCCCUCUCCCUGCUCACCAUCUACAUCUUUGCCUUUGACAUUGUCCACGUGGUGCUACGCUCUGUGGAUUCCGGGUUUGUGAACACGCUGAAGGAGACCCCUGGAACUGUGCUGGAGGUGGUGGUGUGCUUCUUCACCCUCUGGUCCGUGGUGGGGCUGACCGGCUUCCACACAUACCUGAUCUCCCUCAACCAGACCACCAACGAAGACAUCAAAGGCUCGUGGUCGGGGAAGAACCGGGUGCAGAACCCUUACAGUCACAAGAACAUCAUUAAGAACUGUUGUGAGGUCCUGUGUGGCCCGCCCUAUCCCAGUGUGCUGGACAGGAGAGGGGUGGUGCUGGACGACGCGGCAGCUCUGGCCAAAUCUGAUGCUCCUGCCGCCUCCACUGCUGUCAACAAGGGGAGCAACCCUGUGCCACAGACCACAAAAACCACAGCGCCACUGAUUCCUAAUGAGCACACUCCAGACGAUGCGAAGCCCAGCAUUGCAGCUCUGCCGGAGAAGAGCCACUCGCCCCCUGAAGAGGAGAAAGCAGCCUCCCCAGCGGACGUGCCCUCCAAGUCCCCCACUGAUGUCCGAUUCCCCGACGGCUCCAAGGAAUUGAGCCAGAAGUUGUAGAAGAAGGUUACCCGGAGACUCAGCUCUGAGUUUCUGCUCCACUUUCAAAAUGCACUGGGCGUUUCAAGCCUAAACCCAAGCUGAAAUCUACCUGGUCUAAACCUCAACCUUGGACCUGGACUCAGAGAGUGUGUGUAUGUUUGUUAUUGGUUGAGAGGCUUCCAGAGACAUCCUCCAUGCUACGCACUGGGCGUGGACGAAAACCUUUUAGAGUGUGGAUCCAGCCAACUGUUCUAGGAUCAGCAGAGUAUAGCCUGCACCGCGGCAACAGAACUACUGUCUUUCCUUUUGAACAUUGCAUGAAAACAAAAAAAACAGUUAUACAAACAAGCGAAUAAUGGGGUGUUGGUGAACUCACUUUGAAAUGGCUGAUCGUUCUCCAUUGAGCUGAUUGCUAGCUGCUGGCUGUGUGUCUGUUUUUCUUUUGUUAUUUUGUACGGCUUGAGAUUGCCAUCAGUUGAUGUUCCCUUAAUCCCCUUUUUUCAAAUCAAAUCAAAUGAUUGUUCUUCAAAUGUGAAUAUCUGCCCUCUGCAAUUGUAUCCAGCGCAAUUGUAAUAUACAGUGCUCCCCCUGGUGGACAUGUGCAUACACAUCAAAACAUGCUUCAGAAUCAGCCCUCGGCUUCUGCUUACAGUACCCAAAUGUCCCUAUGCAAUACCUACAGAUAGGCACUAGAGCUUUUUGGUUGAGACAGUGGGCCAACACAGGUGUCGAAUAUAUAUAGAUGUCUCUAAACUGCAAACUUUAAAGUUACUCAUAGAUUUGGAGUGGCACUGGGGUAGAUUGCACAUAGAGAUAAUAUUAAUGUGUAACCAUUAAGAGGUCUUUGAUGUUUAAAUAAUGCUGCCAAACUACUGGUCUUUCCCUGUAUACUCAAAACUUAAAAAUGGAAGCAGUCAAAGGGGAAUUUGAUGUUGAAAUGAGCUUUAGGACAUAAUAAAGCAUGUACAAUGCCAUCUAGGAAUCUAUGAAGAAGGAUUGGUGAAUGGUGAGCAAAGGGAGAGUACAGGACUUUAGGCCACAAUCCAGAUCCAUUCAGUAGUGUUUGCACUGAAGGUCCCUUCUCCUGAGAGCAAACCAUUGGCUUCUCUGGGAGUUUUGAGUCAGAAGUCCUCCAAUUCCUUCUUUAUACAUAACAUAGACGCUGUGUCCUUCCUUGCCCUUGUGUCCUGUUGAGGACACACCAGGACUGCUGUUGAUCGACUACUAGUAACAGUGCCUUAUCUACAAGCUGCACUAUCUUCAUCUAUCCAGGCCAUCUGCAAACCAACUCUCCCAGGUCUCACCUGCGUGGCACUACGUCUACUUGUACAGUGUGCAGAUUAGGGAAGGAAUACUCUAACUGUUUUUUUUUUACUAGUACCAUGGAGACAUCGAAAUGCACAGACAUGAGAAGUGAAAAUGCAAAGCCAUUGUGUAAAUGUAUAUAUUGCAUAUGCUGUGUGGAAGUGCACAUGUGUUUGAAACUCCUCUGGGUUAUUUCGUUAUGAAAAUAGUGUUUUUUUAGCCUGGUCAAAAAGCAUUUGUAUGUCUCUGCGUGCAUAUUCACUUCAUUUUUGGAGGAGGAGGAGAAGGAGGAGGGGGGGAGGAAUGACAGAUAGGUAACUUUGUCCUUAUCUGUGCAUGCUUGACUGUUUUUCAAGGCCAUUUUCAUUCUUGACAUACCAGACCGCUUCCCAUGAAGCCUCACUCACCUCUUCUUUUUGCCAUUCAUAUUUUCCUCCUGUCAUUCUCCUCUCUCUCUCUCUCUCUCUCUCCCUCUCUCCUUCUCUCCUCUCUCUCGCCACUGAGCAGCGGGGUUCUCUCCCACUCGGUGGAUGAAAGUAUGCUUACUCGAGUCCCGCGCUGCACCAGCCUCUGAAGAUGUGUGCGGCACUCUCAUUAUGUAGCCCUGAGACAUGAGAGACCCCACCCCGCCCCGCCCCACUCUUCCAUCCAUUCCACCCAUCUGUUCUCUGUUCAUUUCACACUAAGUAGAGAAAGAGACAGGAAUGAGAGAGUUCACUGCAGCAGUGGAUGUGUUGGGGGUAGUGUGGAGUGGGAAGGGGUGGGGGGGGGGGCUGAAUUUGGUUGCUAAGGCAACCCAGAGGCAUGAUAGAGAAACUGCAUUCCAUUAUUGAAAGAGAUGUUUUGAUGUGCAAGAUGUUGGAGCAGUGUUAGUCUGCAAAGAGUAAAGGCUGUUAUGGUAUAGUGUGACUAGAGCAGUUGUGUCUACUCGUCCCCCUUAGUGGCUGCCAUCUGGCUUUGUUACGAUGUGUACUUUAUCUUUUUCUAGCACCCAGAAGAAAAAGUAUUCUUUUACAUUCUUUAGAUAUGUGGUACAGUAUGAGAAAGAAUGAGAUAGUGAGGGCAUAUUGUGUAGCCUUUAGUUUCUUUAUUUCUUGCUUGUGUCAAGAAACGGAUAGCAUGCUACUCUCUCUCUCUCUCUUUGUGUCUCUGGCCUUCUCUCUCUCUCUCUUUCUCGUUUCUCUCUCUCUUUUUCUCUCUGUGUUUUUUUAUGGGUAAAGUAAAUGAGCUGUGAAAGCAAGCGCUGAAUCAGUAUUAUUAUGCUUGAGUGUUGUCUGGGUGAGUUCAGACUGUAGGUGUUGCUGCAUUCAACAUCUGUCAACCCAUGCCACCAUUAGAGGGGAGGGCCAACCCAUGCCACUAUUAGAGGGCAGGGCCAACCCAUGCCACUAUUAGAGGGCAGGGCCAACCCAUGCCACCAUUAGAGGGGAGGGCCAGUGGCACCACGCGUGGAGCACAAGUGUCACUACCGGUGGUUGGGUUUGACAGCUGAGUGGUUGGAUUGAUGGCAGAGUGGUUUCUCACACUCCCCAGCCGUCUGAAGAAGAAAUAUUUAUUUAUCUCCCUGUAUGUUUAUGUUGAUCCCAAGAAUAUAUCUUUCAUCAGGAGGUUGGCCAUUCACUGAAUGCUUCCAGAAUUUGCCUUGCUGAUGUGUGUUCCAGCUCUGGUAUAUUUGGUAUGAUGUCAGACUGUGGUGUUCUGUUAAGGCGUGUAGAGAGUGAAGACUGUAUACUGUGAUAAUGGGCAUAAUGCACUUCAUACUCUUACCCCCAGUUUCCCUAAGUUAUGACAUCCAGAGGAUCAUUAAUGUCUAAGUUGUUGAAAUAUUUUAAAGCCUGAGCUCAGAAUUAUUUCCCUGGAUGAUAACAUGCUCUUGAUAUCUCACUAGAGGAGGAUAGUCGGUUUAUGGUUACAUUUAGCAACAAACAACAUUGCUUCUCUUUUGCUGCAGUUUUUCUCUCUGUGUUUUUAUCACUGUAGCUACAAUCCUGGCCUUCACAGUAAAACAAAAACACAUUUAGUAAAAUAUCUGAUAGUAAAAUAUUUGAUAGUGAACAGUGGUAAACUGUAGAUUUAGAUUUUAAUUUGAUUAUCAGACCUCAGUUUAACCUCAUUUAUCAAGAAGCGACAGGUGUGUGUUCUGCUUAACCUGUCUGCAUGCAGGAAAUGGAAUUGAAGAAUUAGAUGUAAGUGUGGCUGAAUCAUGGUUGAUGACUCUUAAUCUUGACUAAUCUUUUUUUGUCUAAAUCAGGAUUUACAUGAACAACAUGGGUGAAAGCAUGCACUCUGGUUUUUGUACUGAGAUGAGUCAAACCAAAAAAUGGGUAAAAUCCAGAAGAAAAGUGAAGUGUUUCGUAACAUUUUUUUAUUUUAUUUAUUUGAUCAGUACAGACCAAAUACAACCUGUCGUCUGCCUGACUCCACUCUGCACAAAUAUGAGUAAUGUGUAAAGUCAACAUCUAACCUGUGUGCAUAUUGACUAAAGGCAUUGUAUGGCUGUUUGCUUGGGUAUUAACAGAAGUUCACAGUGAGUGAAAUCGUGGACUUUCAUUGGUGUUUUAUUGCUAUUCUGAGGGACCCUUUAAAAAUCAAGUGAAGAGAGUUGAGAUAAAAUCGACAUGGAAAAGGAAGUUGUGUCAGUACUGUCUGUACUGUCUGUUAGUGUUAGCUUUCAGGAAAUUCUGAUUUUCACCUGGAGUGGUGCGUACAUGUAUGGAGUUUAUGCGUGUUUGAUGUUAAUACCUAAUACAGACCAGAUGUAAGGUUUUUAAACAGCCUGGUCUCAAUCUAUACGGUACAUUAUACAGUAUAUAUAAAUACAUUACAAAUGUAUCACAAAUGGAUUCUGUUUAUGUUCACUUUACUUUGUAUUAUCACUGUGAUUUAUGUAAAUUCCCAUAUAUCCUUCACUUCUUUUUACAUGAUGGAUACAUUGGUGUGUAUGUUCAUUAAAUUAUAUAUUGUCUUAUUA